AUGUUAAUUAUAGUACUUUUAGUGAACCAAGUUCUCACUCUAUAAAUUGGAAAAGUAACAUUUGAUGUUUUGUUCCCUCAUGACAAAAGAUUGGCUUUUGUGUAAUUCGACAACAAAUUCGAAUAAAUUCCCCAAGUAGGCAUAUCUCUUAUAGCAAUACACGUUAAUAAUGAGGUUCCUAGAAAUAUAGGGAUUGAACCUAAACUAUUAUAAAUCACUCAACAAGGAUUUUAAUUGCAGAUAACGAAUCAUAAAUCUAAAAUUGAUCAUCUCGAAUAUCAAUGGCUAGCAGUGAUUGAUGAUAGAAUGAAAUUGAAUUGUGAAACCAUCUAAAAAACCUCAACAAUAAAUUUUGGAAGAGAAUUUUGGGUAAUCCCAACUAUUUAAAUAUUUUUGGCAGGAUUUCAAAAAGAAUCACAGAAAGGAGACCUAAAGUUUUAACUGUCAAUAACCAAUUAAUAAGUUAAUAGUUUCGAUGUUGCGUUGAAUAAUUAGUCUGAACAUGUUUUAAAAGACAUAUAUAUUUGGUAUAAAAAAUAAUUUUAAUGUGUUAGUUAUAUAGCGGGACCACAAAAUAUCGUGAAAGCGAAAUCGUUAAUAAAUAUCAACCAAAAGACUGACGAAUUCGUGGAUUUAGAAGGAACUCCAGAGAAUCUGAUUUAUGGGGUAAGCAAGAUCUCAAAUUUCUAUGGAGCAUUAAUGAUUCAAUUGGGGUAGUUUGAAUACGAGUAAGAAAAGCCGGGUGUGGGGAUAAGUAAGAAUGGUCAUUAGUAUUUGUUAGGUCAGAUAGAUAUGACUUUGGGAUUGGUAUAAAAUGAUGGGAUGUUGUGUCCAUUGGGAUAUUACGAAUGCAAUUUCAAUGGAGUUUCAAUUGAUUUGUGCGAGAGUACGAGUGGUUCUCAGUCUUGGAAGAGGAUUAAGUCGAUAAGGAGUAGGAAGGGAUGGAAUGGGAAAUUCAAGAUAGAUGGAAAGACUUUGAAGACUUAGGAUGCGAAUUGCAUUUAGGACAUUUAAUUAUAUUUGGAAGCAUGA